CAACGCCUGGGGGCGGGCCCCCGGCGCCUUUCCCGCUCUCCCAUUGGUCCCGCGGCCAGAAGCGGAACCGGAACCGGCGGGUGGGGCCUGCCCGGUACCGGGCGCCCCCACCAUGGCCGCCGGCUUGGCGGAGGGGCUGGGCACGGCCUGCUGGUGGGGGCUGUCCCCGGCCCUCGACCUCUGCCAGCACCUCCCGGAUACCGGCGGCGAGGCCGUGGCGCUGCUCGUGGGCACCGUGGACGGGCGGCACCUCCUCCGCACGGCAGCUCGGGCCCGCCGGGGCCCCCCCCGCACCCUGACCCUCUUUGUAGCCGAGCAGCGCCCCGAGGCCGUAGCCCGGCAGCUCCUCUUCCUCCUCCUGGCCACCGAAGGCUGCACCGGGCACCGAGGUAACGCCGGUACCGGGA